AAGUACGCAAUACGCUAGCGUAUUUCUUGGCGGGCAGCCCGGCAAGAAAUACGCAAAAAACGAUGCGACAAAUUUGCGACAUGACGAAACCCCACAGGGAUUUCGCCAUGUCGCAAACCGAAAUUUGGCUUUUCAAAUCGUCAACCCAACCCCUUCGCCCCUCCCAACCACACAGCAUCCCACCCAAUCUGCGACUUCCAAGCAACACCCAAAGAAAUCUCCUUCCUCUCCCUCUCUACUCUACUCCAGCAGGGUUCAGCGCAGUGCACUCCUACGACGAAAUCAGGGUACAAGUAAACUGGCGCGCUAACUUCAGUCAUUUCUACUUCCAAGCUAGCGCGACUAGCUAGCUGGUUUUUUAGCGACUGUUGCUAUGUCGAACCCUCCACCUAGUCCUGGUUCCCACGGAACCGACGCGGGAACCUCCUGUGCUGCGUCUUCCUCUGACGAGCUCCUGGAGAACUCCACCCACGCUAUCUUUAAGCAUUUCAAGUUUAAGCAUAAGGAGCACGGCAAGCAGCAAAAGUAUUGGUGCAAGUACUGCCCCGUAUCCUUUACCGGGACGGCCUACCGCUGCGCACAGCACAUCACUAGUUGGGAUGGUAUGCGUAGGCGCGAGGUUCGGAAAUGCGAGGAGGUAGGGAAGGAGGAGCAGGCUGCCGUCCGCGCGUUCCAAACCGCCAAAGUGCUCGCGAGGGAGGAGGCGCAUAGGGCGGAGGAGUCGGCCCUCGACGCCGUUAGUGGUCGGGGAAAGCGGAAGAUCACCGAUUACCUGUCCGAUGACGCCCAAGCGGCCAAGGCGGCGGCGGACGAGGCUAUUUGCCUCCUCUUUGCCGGCCUCCGCCUUCCCGAGCGCCAUGCCGACCACCCGCUUUGGCGCAACGCCGUCCGGUCCAUCGCGCGCGCGGGGACCAGCUAUGUGCCUCCAAAGCGCGACUACGUGGGUGGUGCCGGCUUGCAGCUAUGCCGCAAGCGGAUUGACGAGGGAUUGACGGGCGUCAUGUCGAGCUGGAAGCGCCACGGCGUGACGAUUGCCAGCGACAUGAUGACCGACAAGUGUGGCAGGCCGCAGGCGAAUGUGAUGCUGGUCAAUGACACCGGUGCAGUGUUCGUCGAGAGUAUUGACUGCAAGAUGGAGAAAAAGACCGGGGGAUACAUCGCCCGGCUCCUCCGGCCCAUCCUGCAAAAGGAAGGAAAUUAUUCCAUGGAGGCGUGGUGGGAGUGGCACGGCACUGACCACCCCUUGCUCAUGGCCCUUGCUUGCCGUGUGCUAACUCAGCCGGUGUCUGCAUCCAGCUGCGAGCGCAACUGGGCGGUGUGGGAUACUGUCCACACCGCCCGACGCAACCGGCUGGGUUCAGAAAAGUGCAAGGAUCUGGUUUACGUUGCGCACAACUGGAAGGUUGUGCACAACUGGCACAUGGCCGACGAGGGGGCGGGGGUGGUGUCCGUAACCGUGGGUCAUUCCACUGUCAUGACAGCUGUCACCUUCUUCGACCAUCCUCCCCAAACUCUUCAACCCCCAGCUCAGCCCCCAUCUCAGGCGCGCUUCCCAUCGUGCACUCUCCCCUCUUCUCUGUUUUUUAUCGCUUUUUCGAACUCUCAACAGCACUACUCGCAAUCUCAUGUGGCUAUUCAUUUCCCAUGGUGGUGUUCCUCCUCCCCUCUUCCCUUCCGUCCUCCUUCCUUCCCUUUGGCACUACCAGCAUCACCAUUUGAUUUCUCUCUUGACUACCCCUAUGUGGACAAUCUACAAGACAGUCCUGCAGAUUUAGCACCUGAUCAGCAGAGCCCUGACGCGUCUGAGUCUGCAUCCCACGCACACUUUGCCCUCCUCGUGUUCGAAUCCGAGAUCGCCUGUCCAAGUGACGCGUUACUCAUAGCAUCUCGGCUCGACUCGGACAUCCACUCCAACACAUGCCGCAUGGCAUUCCAUGGCCACAUCGUUGCCCCCAUUGAUCCAACCACAAUGAACUCAGGCUCUCAGGCCGUGCGUGUGUUCAAGCUGAAGAGCAGGGAGGGGGUGAUCGACCGGGUGGUUGAUUCCCACUCGCUCAUCGGUCGAGGCCUCUUCAAGAAAGAAACGGACAUCACCAAAUUCGUGGGGCUCAGAGUCACAACCGUGGAAGGAACACAAGGAACGAUCCAGUCGCCGUUUGGCAAGUCGGGGAAAUUCAAGGUUGUGUUCCAAUCCGCACUGCCUAAAGAGGCCAUAGCUGGUGCGCCUCUACAUCUCGUUUUCAAGCGGCUAUUGUUUGAUAAGACAAAGCAAAUGCUACAGUAGGUGACAUGUCACAUGAAUGCUACAGCAUAUAAUUCUACGCCUGCAACUGGCCACCUUGGGAGUUCUGUACCAGUGCUCAUUACAGUAGAAGAGUGAAGGCUACACCACACUGGCAAUUCAGUUUUUCAAGCACCCAUAUUCGGUACCAAUACACUACCAUGGAGAAUGUGGAAUGUGCUGUUAGGGUGAAUAUUUCUGUAUGACCUACAUUCAAACUUUGCAUGCUCUACAGUCCGUAGUGUUAAAUUAU